CGAAGAAGCAGGAAGUAUCCACCACUCCUGCUGCAGUGUCGACCUUGGCUAGUUCAUGAUGGCAGGGAAAGCAUGGAGGUCAGCGAUUCUUAAUCUGCUAAGACAGUGGGGUUUAUCAGGCAAUGCCAAGGAUAAACUCAAGGCACAGGAAGUAUCACAGGUGGUUGGAGUUUUGAUGAGAGAGACUCCACAGCCCAGGACAUUCAUCCGUGGGAUGCAAACUGUUACUUUAAUUCCUGGUGAUGGAAUAGGGCCAGAGAUAUCCUCUGCUGUCAUGAAAAUAUUUGAAGCAGCUAAAGCACCUAUUCAGUGGGAAGAGAGAAAUGUUACUGCCAUUCAAGGGCCUGGUGGAAAGUGGAUGAUUCCCCCUGAUGCCAAAGAAUCAAUGGACAGGAACAAAAUUGGCCUGAAAGGCCCUUUGAAGACGCCAAUAGCUGCUGGUCAUCCCUCUAUGAAUCUGCUGCUUAGGAAAACCUUUGAUCUCUAUGCCAACGUGCGUCCCUGUGUGUCCAUUGAGGGCUACAAAACCCCCUACACUGAUGUCAACCUGGUCACUAUCAGGGAGAACACGGAGGGGGAAUACAGUGGAAUUGAACAUGUGAUUGUUGAUGGAGUUGUACAGAGUAUUAAGCUCAUCACAGAGCAAGCCAGCGAACGCAUUGCAGACUAUGCUUUUGAAUAUGCCAGAAACAAUCAACGAGCUAGUGUUAUUGCUGUUCAUAAAGCCAAUAUCAUGCGUAUGUCAGAUGGUCUUUUCCUGCGGAAAUGCAGAGAGGCUGCUGAAAAGCACAAAGACGUGAAAUUCACUGAGAUGUACUUGGAUACUGUGUGUCUCAAUAUGGUACAAGACCCCACACAGUUUGAUGUGUUAGUGAUGCCAAAUUUGUAUGGAGACAUCUUAAGUGAUCUUUGCGCUGGACUCAUUGGAGGUCUUGGUGUGACUCCCAGUGGGAACAUUGGAGCCAAUGGGGUUGCCAUAUUUGAGUCGGUUCAUGGAACUGCACCAGAUAUAGCAGGUAAAGACAUGGCUAACCCCACCGCCUUGCUGCUCAGUGCUGUCAUGAUGCUGCGCCACAUGGGUCUGCACGGCCACGCGAAGAAUAUAGAAACUGCCUGCUUUGACACCAUUCGAGACAAAAAGGUUCUCACGAAAGACCUGGGUGGAAACUCCAAGUGUUCAGAAUUUACUGAUGCGAUAUGCCAAAGAGUGCGGGAUCUGGAGUAAAAAGAUAUUAAUGUUGCUGUGAGAUAAUUGUUGGUCUCUGUAUUUCAUCAUGCCAUGUUGUUAUCUGUACAUUAUAAGCAAAAUAUGUAUUUUAAAAAAAGACUCAGGGCUUGAGAUUCCUGAGUGUUUAAUCUUUUCUGCACACUUCAAAGCACUGUCUUAAAACUAUGGACCAUCAGCAGCCGUAUCUUGUAUGUAUUUAUUCUAUAACAGCUUAAUCUGUGGUGGAUAUUGUCUAAUUUCUUUUGGUUGUAUUAAGCCUGCUUUAUCUUACGUAUUUGACAUCAUCAUUAAACACAUGGUAUAGAUGCUACUGUUUUGCAUCCUUCA